GUUCAGGAUUAGAAGACUUGAGAACUCACUCUGCAGACUGAGACUUCGGAGCGAGCCGGGUGUGCGCGCGGCUGGCGAGAAUCUCCUUCAGCUAAGGCCAAGUUUUGCUCACGGGUUGGUCCUGAGCCAUGGCAUCCGAAGCACAUUCCUCUGUGCUCCCUCUGAAAGUGGUCAAUGACAAAAGCACCCUGGAGUUCAUGAACAACAGCUCCUCUUCCUUCGUUGAAGAUAAAAAGAAACCUCGAAAGAAAAGCAAAGGGCAUGUGACUAUAGCUGAUCCCUCAAGUAACCCUUUCCACAUGUCAGGGGAUGUGGAUUUCUUCUUGUUCAGAGAGCAGGAGCGGAAUAAAGCCAUUGCAGAACGUGAACAAAAGAAGAUGCUGAGGGUGCACCAGAAGAUGACGUUCGCAUCUAAGGUGUCCGCCAAGCACACUAGCCUGCGCCGGGAGCUGCAGCUAGAAGAGGAGAUAGAGGACCAGGAGCUGAUGGCUGAGGCCCGGCAGCUGCACUCUUUCCGCAACAACACUGCCUGGAAGCUGGCCAUGACCCAAGAUAAGAAUGUGGAGCCUGAAACACUGAACAACUAUAUGCAACAGAAGCGAAACAUGUUCCUCCUCCAGUAUGCCGUGGCAAUGAAGCGAAACGAAAUCCAGCGGCUAGAAAUGCUGGCAACCCGGGAGGAGAGGAGGCUGGAGAGAGCUGAGAAGUUCCUGGAGAAGGAUGCAAACUUGUUUGACGAGUUCCUUAGGGAGAAUGACCGCAGCUCAGUGCAGGCCAUGAGACUGGCUGAGAAAGAGACCAAGAUCAAGGUGGAGAAGAUCAUUGAGAUCCGGGAACUCACGGGCCAGAUCAUGGCCAUCAAAAGUGAAAUCUCCAAAUUCGAAGAUACUUUGCAGCAUUACAAGAUCUACAAGGAUUUCCUGUACAAGCUGUCACCCAAGGAGUGGUUAGAAGAGCAGGAGAUGAAGCGCCAAGCUCUUAAAAAGGCCAAGGAGCCUGGGGAGUUCACCAAGGAGAGCAGUAUGGCCACCUUAUUAGGGGAAAAAGGGUCUGGCAAGAGCAAGACAGCCUUGCUGUGGAAAGGUAUGACUGCCCCAGUCCAGAAGGGACAUACACCUCAUGCCAAGGGCACAUACAAACCUUUCUCCUCCUUUCUCCCAGAAGUUCAGAGCUUGAAGAAAUCCCCAAAGCUUACACGGUCUGGGCAUGCCCCAUCCAGCAGUCAGAGCCUCCCGCAGGUUGGCCACCUCAGCCACCCCAGCCUGUACAGUGAGCUGGACUCCAGACUGUCAAGCCCUACUGUGCCAUCACAAGACGACACUGACAGCGAUGGGGAGGAGCUGGCACUGUACUUCACUGAGCCCCAGCAGCUCUUGGAUGUCUUCACACAGUUAGAGGAACAGAACCUGUCCCUGAUUCAGAACACACAGGAGAUGGAGGAGGCCCUGGAUGAUCUGAACGUCACUCUGAAAAACACCCAGAUCCGCAUGGACAGGGAGGUCAACCUGCUGAAGCAGUGGAUCACCACCAUGAUGAUAUCAAUCUCCAAGGAGGAGGAGUCAGCAGCAGAGCUGCAGCUCAAAGCCCGCGUUUUCCACUUCGGGGAGUAUAAGGGUGACCAGCAGGACAAGCUGCUGGAGAGCCUGAACCACAAGGUGCUGGAUGUGUAUCGGAAGUGUGUGGGCAUGCAGCAGGAGGCCAACCUGGGCACAGUGCAGAUGCUGACUGUGGUGGAGCACCAGCUGGAUGAGCUGCUAGAGAAUCUGGAGAGAGUGCCCCAGGCUAAGAUUGAGCAGGCUGAGAAGGCCAAGGAGAGGGAGCGGCGCAUGAGGCUUCGUGAAGAGAAGGUCAGGAUGCAGAAGGAGCUGCAGGAGGAGCGGUUGCAGCGGGCUCGAGCCAGGGCCCAAGCUGAAAUAAAAAAGAAGAGAGGCAGGAGAUUGGUAAGCCGCUCCCGUCCACCAGUCAUCAGAAUAAAGGAGGAGUCUGAGCACGUAAUAAUGGACAAGGACAAGGAGGAGAUGCUCUUCUUCUUCACUUAGCAGCAGAGCUGGCCGAAGGCUCAGGAAGAGGUCAGUAGUUACUGAAGGCAGGGACUGCGAGCCGGAGGGACUAACUCCAUCUCAUGCUCUCCUGUCAGCCUCCUUACUCAAAGGAAAUA